AUGCAUCUCAUGUACAUCCCCACCGCCGACGGCCUCGGCCGCCAGUACACCCUCAAAAAGGUCCUCGACGGCAAGGUCACCCGCUCUGCCCACCCGGCGCGCUUCUCCCCCGACGACAAGUGGUCCCGCCACCGGCUCGCGAUGCGCAAGAGAUAUGCUGCCUUGUUGGAUGCCGCCGAGAAGAAGUAAAAUAAAAAUAUACUUCGCGAUCGCAUCAUCCAGUACGAUACCAAAAGCAGCAAAUAAACAGCGCCGAGCAGGAAGGAGAAGUGUAGGAAAUAGGUCGACAGAAGGAGAUACCCAACAGCGCUAUUACCAGGUCAAUUCAGCGCUCCAUUUUCUAUCCAUCACCCAAUCAAGUCUUUUUGGCAGGAUUGAGAGGAGGAGGAAGAAGACAAGUGGUUUCACUACUUGUUGCCAGUUAAACUGGAGCAGAACAUGAAUUGGAGCCGAUAGCAGCGAAACUGUGCUACCAGCGCAUAAUCAUACGGGGAAAAUGGAAAAGGGCUCUGUUUUUCUCUAGGUGUUCAGGGAGUUCAUACUUUGUGGAAUUAUCCCCUAGGUUGUCAUUGACAUUCAGCAACAAUACACACACACAAACCCACAAUUGCAUUUUUGUGGCACCAUCGCAGGAU